AUGUCGAACAGUCCCCGAGGCGUUGCUUGCGGCCAAGGCCGCAUACCCUCAGAUGUCCAGGAGGCGGUCUGUUUUGCACGAAAACAUAAGCUUCGGCCGAUCGCUUACAAGGCAUUGUCCAAAAAGGACGUUGUCACCGUUGCAGCCUUAAUGUUUGCCGACCAGAACGACAAAGCGGCCGUUCAACGCCUGCAAGGCUUGCUGGUCACUGCAGUGGAGAAAAGCGACAAGGUCAAUAAUCUUCACUUACACCAUCGCCUCACCAAAAGCCAAUGGAGUCAUAAACGGGCUUCUCAAUACCCCAAGGAGAAACCGACCAGACCGGCGUCCCGGUUGCAAUUGGGUCCGGCCAUAUCGUUGCGGGUGGGCAAGUUGCCCAAGAGUGCCGGAAAGAAUGACAGUGCGCCGAAUCCUGCAUGGAGAAAGACACUAACGCAUAUCACAUUUAGUUCCUCGUGGAAUUCCAGCACUUCGUUUGAUGAGCAGAAGGAGAUAUAUGAGAGGAUUACGAAAGUUCAAGUUCCUCUCCUCAAAGCGCUCGAGCCGGGGCAGAUGGGCGCUUACAUGAACGAAGCUGAUUCUCAUGAGGUGGAUUUCCAGAAGUCCUUUUUAUAA